AUGAAAGAAAACAGUAAUGUUUCAAUGCUUAGCGGUAGUUUCUUUUUUCCUUUUCUUCUUCCUCCUCUUUCUAAAAUGAAAGAAAACAGUAAUGUUUCAAUGCUUAGCUGUAGUUUCUUUUUUCCUUUUCUUCUUCCUCCUGUUUCCAUGUCACCGCUAGUCACCGAAACCACCAUCGCCAGCACUAUCCUUCCUGUCCGUACCUUCAUCAAUGUUUGUUGUAUCUCGCCGUUACCUUCAUAUCGGUGUCUUGCCGUUAAUGUUGUUAUCGCCACUUUGUUAUUACAUUGUAUUGCUAAUUUUCUGGUUAUAUCCUCCCCGUUAAAGUGCGGUGGAACAAAACAUGAAAAGUAUGCUUUAGAGUUGUUGGAUGGUAGAGAUAUGAUGAUAUGGUCAAAAGAGACAGCUUCCAAAUCUUGUGAUAAAAACUCAUCACAUUGUAGUCUUCAAAAUCAAAAGCACCAUGCUCCCAUGCUGUUGAAUUCUAGUUCUAAAAAUUCACAGAAGAUGCAGUGUAAGCAAUACAUAAAUGGUAAAAAGAAAUAUGGUAUCGAUAAUACCAAAGAUCAAAAAAGAAAACCACCUUCUCCUGUCUUAUGUUCAAUACCAUCAAAUGGAAAAAAGACUAAAUAUGAUUCCCCUGCUCAAAAUGAUAGGGUUGAUUCUUGUUCUAUUUCUAGACAAGACUAUUCUCAUCUAAGUGAGGUUCAAGAUUCUGCGAAACAACCAAAUUAUCUUAUGAACGAAGAGAGUUUUCAUAUUCAUGUUAGAGAUUUAAUGGAUAAUAAUUAUUCUUAUGGUAUCGCGACAUCAAUCAAAGAGAAACUAAAAGAAGAAGACAUGGAAUUCGUUGACUCUCGAAAGAAAUUUUUACCUCCUAGGAGUAACCAUCUUCCAAGACCAUUUAUUCCCAUUGGACCUAGGUUUCAAGCUGAAGUUCCUAAAUGGGAGGCCUCGACCAACAUAAAUCAAUAUGAUAAUGAUAACUGUUUGAAGUGGUUAGGCACUCAAAUUUGGCCAAUACCUUCUUUAUCUAGAAAUAAUGCAAAAAGUCUUGGAAAAGGUAUGCCCGACUCAAGCUCAGGUGAGAACCUUGAAUCAGUUGAUUGUGUUAAAACACAUGGUGAAGUUAGAGAGUGCUUUAAAUGGAAGGUUAAUGACACUUUCUCAAGUUGGAAAUUUGAUAACUAG